ACAAACCAACCCUCUAGGAGAGAAAACCGGGUGCAGAUCCUCCCCACGGAUUAUUAUUGAAAACAAACUAGACCUAGAAGAAGCAGGAAGUAUCUCACAGCCGUCAUGAAAUUUGUACGUUUUAUUAUGAAAAACGCCGCGUUGGCCAGCGCGCCGCAACACAUCGAGCAUUUCUCCAAAUUCUCCCCGUCUCCGCUCUCCAUAAAGCAGUUCAUCGAUUUCGGUUCCAUCAACGCCUGUGAGAAGACAUCCUUUGUCUUUUUGAGGCAGGAACUCCCUGUGAGGCUCUCCAACAUCAUGAAGGAGAUCAACCUCCUCCCAGACAAGCUGCUCACUACUCCCUCAGUUCAGAUAGUGCAGAGAUGGUAUAGUCAGAGUUUAAUGGAGAUCCUUGAAUUCCUAGACGACAAUCCAGAUGACCACAGAGUGCUUGCAGAGUUUGUCGAUGCCUUGGUUACCAUCAGAAACAGACACAACGACGUGGUGCCGACCAUGGCGCAGGGGGUCAUUGAAUACAAGGAGGUCUUUCCCCAGGAUUUGCUUACCAACCAGAACAUCCAAUAUUUUCUGGAUCGUUUCUACCUGAGCCGCAUCUCCAUCCGAAUGUUGAUUAACCAGCACACUCUUGUGUUUGAUGGCACCACUAACCCAGUCCACCCAAACACAAUAGGAAGUAUUGACUCUCAAUGCAAAGUGGGAGAUGUAGUCCAGGAUGCCUUCCAUAGUGCCAAGAUGUUGUGUGACCAGUAUUACCUCCGCUCCCCUGAUCUGGUUCUGCAGGAAAUGAACCACAAGAAGAAGAGUGACCCAAUAAGCAUUGUGUAUGUGCCAUCUCACCUUUAUCACAUGUUGUUUGAGCUUUUCAAGAAUGCAAUGAGAGCUACCAUCGAGACCCACGAGAGCAGCAACAACCUCCCACCUAUUAAGGUCAUGGUGUCUCUCGGUGGAGAAGACAUGUCAAUCAAGGUGUGCGACAGGGGCGGUGGCGUCCCCUUUCGCAGGAUCGAGAACCUUUUCAGCUACAUGUACUCCACAGCCCCUGCUCCACAGAUAGGCGACCAUUCCAGAGCACCCCUAGCUGGAUUCGGCUAUGGUCUUCCCAUCUCUCGUCUCUAUGCUAAAUACUUCCAGGGCGAUCUGCAGCUUUACUCAAUGGAGGGUUUUGGCACAGAUGCUGUCAUCUACUUGAAGGCUCUGUCCACGGACUCCAUCGAAAGGCUGCCAGUAUACAACAAAACCGCUUUGAAGAACUACAAAGUGUGCCAGGAGGCUGAUGACUGGUGUGUGCCCAGUAAAGAACCAUUAGAUCUGUGCAAAUACAAGGUGGCCUAGUCAAAUAGACCUUAAGGUGCAUCCGCUACUUUAAGACUACAAAGCAUGAAUUCUCCAUGGAACAUGUUGUAUUUCCAUGGGAUCAUCCGCCAAGGCAGAUGAGCUUCUUAAGCCUCCCAGUACCAGAGCAGAGUUCAGCCUGUAUCACCAGUAGCAUAUUAUGUCCAACUUCUGUCAUCCUUUUUAGUCUCUGUAAUAGAAACUAGACAAACUCAAAACUGCUUUUGACGAGGGUGCUUAAGCACAAUUGCCACUGAGACCGGGUGAACCAGCCCGAAAGCUGCUGAUACAAGACUCGACCUCAACCAAGAAAAAAAUGGAGUCUUGUGCAGGUAGGGAGAAAGCGAGAGGAGACGCCCAGCACAUUACUGGUGUCGAUGAGAGGAAAGUCAGAGUAGACUGAAGUAGAGGAAGUUGUAAGAGAUCCUGCAGUUUUGAGUUAGAUGUAAAAGCUUUUACAUAACAGAGAAAUCUGUUCAGCUAUUCCUUAUAGUAGCAAAGGCACCUCUUGGCAAAAUACUUGAACAAUCAAAACUGAUAUUUGCACCUCAAUUUUUAUGGUACUGUACUGUUUGGUUUAAAGAUUUUUUAAAAAGGCAAGACUUUGUUGAAUUGUUUUGUUUUGUUUUUUGGGUUUUUUUGCAUGAAUAAUCUUGCAGACCUUUUCUAUUUCAGCCUUUGCAAAUGUAAAAAAACUGACCGUUUGCUCGGUUUUAUGGACCAGGCUAAAAUUAAUGCUCAAUUUUUCUGUGCAUUAUUUGUAAUAACUACAAAGAAAACGGGCACUAUUUUCAACAAGCCGCAGCUCGAGUAGGAAAAAGAUUUCGGUCAGUCCAUGAGAGUAUUUGCCAGCCUUGUCUAAAAGCCAGGCUUUAAAACAAAUCCAUUAUAUGAGUGUUAUUAAGCCCAAGUAGGUGCCAUGUUUGUGGUUAUAAAAGGCCAGUUUUUUGUACACUGUGCCAAAUGAGUCUGUUGUGGGUCCAGACGCGGUCAAAACAGUUAUUGUUUUACUUAAUUGUUCUUGUGUUUAUCUAACUCAUGCAGUAUGUAAAAGGUUAUUUUUACAUCUACAAUUUGUGACUGAAAUAACUGUAAAUACUGUAAAUAAAAACAGGAAUACCUUGAUGAAAAAUUUUA